AUGUGGUGUGGUGGUGGUAGGGAAGCUAAGCCGCAAGUUCUCCCCCGCGCCAACGUCGGCACCAGCAGCGGCAACGCGCGUGCUGACAACACCUACGACGCCCGCGAACGGUCCCGGUCCAACGGCUCCUCCGACUCCCGAUACAGCGACGCGCCGCAGGAGCCGCAACAGCCGCGGCAGCAAGCCCGCCCCCGUGCGCAGCAGCAGCAGAGGCAACAGAGGCAAGAUCCGCCCAGACAGGAGACGAGACGAGAGGAGCCUAGGCAACAGCAGCAGCAGCAGCAGGAGCGGAGGCCGCGCCAGGAGAGGACCCAGUUCGACAACACGUACAACUACAACUACCAGGAGCGGCCGUACGCGCAGGGCGAGUACUACACGAGCCCACCUACCACGUUUACUUUUGCGAGGUCGCGCGAGUCCUUUUUCAAGCGGGACGGGCCGGGUAUCUUUGGGGAAGGGUUCUUUAGCCGCCCGACGACGGGCUUCUUCGAUCGUGGUGACGCGCGGGUGGGCGGCGUUGAUGUGGGCGGCAUUGGUGUCGGUGGGUUGAACGUUGGCGGACCGAGCGUGGGAGGGAUUGGCCUCGGCGGGAUCGGGCUUGGCGGGAUCGGACUAGGUGGGAUCGGGUUGGGUGGGAUUGGUUUGGGAGGGCUUAAUAUUGGCGGCCUGGGGACCGGAGGCGUCACGGGGAUGGCGACGGGCCAGGCAUAUGCCGCCGGCGAUGACGGGAUUAGAAGCAUCGAAGAGGCAAUGAGCUCUUUGCGAGACGGGGGCCGGGACCUCUGA